ACCACUUAAACUCAACAAAUGGUUUCUCCUCCGCCGGAAAGACAACGCACCGUCUUAACUCCCGACGCCGUCCCCUCCCGCUUGCUCUCAUGGUGCCUAUCCAAUCCGCAGACGGUAUCGCCUUCUUCUUCCUCCUCCUCUUCACUCUCUCCGUCGCCAACCUUGUUACCGACUCCAAGCGCCGCCACCAGCAGCCACCGCCGUUAUCCCCCGCCCAAGCCCGGAGCGCCACGCGCCAUUCGAGACUUCCCCAAAAACUGCGGCGGACCCGCCAACCUAAAACCAGUCGAACCGAACCGGUCAACCAUCAAGGUAAAUCAAGAUGCCCUUGAUUCACAGAACAGUAAAUCUAUUUCCCUGAGGGGAAAAGAAAAAGAAUUUCCUCCCAAAUACCCUCCACGUCGGGUACUGCAAGGGGUUUCCGUGAAAAGACGAUUCCCUCCUCACUGCGGCCGGAACCAGUCACAACCACCACCACAACAAAACCACAAUCCCUUGGCUUUAGUUCCCUUGCCGGCGACGUCCGAGGACGUCGUCAACAAGAAACGACGCCGCUCCCCUGUUUCCGACCGCUCGUCACCCAGGAACUGUCUCGUCGAGGCAGGGGAGAUCGAAAUUCGCAGGGAAAUCAAGGACGUCCUCCAACUGUUCGACGAAUUGACAGCCUAUUUUCGAGAGACAUUCUCCGCCGCGGGGAAAGGGAAGAACACGAAGAGCGCGUUCAUGGCGGCGGCGAACCACCUGAAAUCAAUGGGGAGGUGGGUCAACACGAGUCGACGCUUGGGCAAGGUUCCCGGGGUGGAGAUCAACGACGAAUUCAAGUCGAGGGCGGAGCUGGUGGUGGUGGGACUUCACCACGCGUUCAUCAACGGGAUCGACACAAUGUACGACGAGGAUGGGAACCUGUUGGCCACCAGCAUUGUUGCCACAGGGGACAGGGACUACGGGAAUUACAUGGAAUCGGAGGAUUAUUUGGUCUACUCCGGGCAAGGGGGGAACCCGAAGGUGUCGAACGGGGCGGUUUUCGAGGACCAGAAGCUGCAGGGGGGCAACUAUGCGCUGUGGAAUAGCAUGGAGGAGAAGAAGCAAGUGAGAGUGAUAAGGAAGAAGGUUGUGCUUGGUGAGGUGAGGUAUGUGUAUGAUGGUUUGUAUUUGGUGCACAAAUGUGAAGAAGUGAAGAGUGUUCAUGGCAAUAUUGUGUUCCAAUUUCACUUGAUGAGGGAUGAGGACGACGUACCACGCAAACUAAUGCACGAAGCUGCUUUUCUCCCUCUUACAUUCCCUUCGUUUGAAAGUCCCGAAAUGGCGGGAACGUCAAAUGAUGGUGAAUGUGAGAUUGUGAACAUGAAAUAAUGAUAUCUUAUUUCUGAAUAUGUUCAAGUCGAGAUAUUGGAGUGUCAAAGAUCACUGGUGUUCAUCAGUUCACGUACUGCACACGUGAAUUUCAAUGAACCCUGAUUAUGAACUAGACCAAACACUUGUUCCUAUAGAUAGAUCGACUAUAGACAGUCGAGUUGCAAAGGAAAACAUAUUUUGAACACCAGAACCUAAAGGAGUUGAAGCCUUUUCUUUUAAUUAAAGGAAAAGGUAGGA